GGCCGUUGUUGAAGUGUGGGUUGGUGUAUAUAUAUGUCUGCACAGAGUACCAGAGAGCAGUAUCAUUUCAUCCACUGGAUCAGACUAGAAACAUAUCGUUUGGAGAUUUACCUGCAGAAGAGCAUCACAUUUUAAUCUUACAAUGGACUUCUGCUCUGCAUCACAGCAAACCAGAAGCCUCAGCUCAUGGAUCACCCUCUUCCUCCUGUACUCAAUUGUCACCAUGUGCACUAGAGUAGAGGGCUGGUCCUACCAUCACUCCGACAAAACUAUGAACUGGGACACUGCUAGAAAGUGGUGCACGGAGCACUACACUGACAUGGUGGCCAUCCAGAACCGUGGAGAGAUCUCCCACCUUAACAGCAUCCUGCCCAGGCAGACCAACUAUUACUGGAUAGGGAUCCGUAAGGUGGACGACGUGUGGACCUGGGUGGGGACCAAUAAGACCCUGACUAAAGAGGCAGAGAACUGGGCAGACGGGGAACCCAACAACGGGGGGAACAACGAGGACUGUGUGGAGAUGUACAUCAAGAGAGAGGCGGACACAGGGAAGUGGAACGACGAGUCGUGUAUGAAGAAGAAGACGGCUCUGUGCUUCACAGCCUCGUGUCAGAGCGACUCAUGUUACCAUGGAGAGUGUGUGGAGACCAUCAACAGCCACCGCUGUAAAUGCUCUGAGGGCUUCUACGGAGAGCAGUGUGAACACGUUGUUGAAUGUAAGAUGGAGGGGGUCACUGUCCCUGCUAAAGCCAGUGUCAGUUGCUCUCACCCCAAUGGGAAUUUCUCCUUUGACUCGACGUGUCAGUAUUCCUGUGAAGAGGGGUACCGGCUGAGCAGCUCCGGGCCUGUGAGAUGCACAGCCUCAGAAUCAUGGUCAGAACAGCCUCCCACCUGUGAAUUGGUCUCAUGCAGUGAGCUGUAUGAACCUGGGAAGGGUUCCAUGGCCUGCUCCCAUCCCCUGGGCUCCUUCAGCUACCUGUCCACCUGUACCUUUACCUGUGAGGAGGGCUAUGAGAGGCUGGCCUCCAGCUCUGCUACCCUGCAGUGUGGUGCCUCGGGACAAUGGAACGACUCACAGUCGCAGUGUAUUGCUGUACGCUGCCCUACCCUCCAGCAGCCACAGGAUGGCGCUAUCAGCUGUGGAGAAGACUUCACCUAUGGAAGCAGCUGUAACUUUAGCUGCUCUGAGGGUUAUCUCCUCAAGGGGGCGAUCACGCUGACCUGCACAUCAGCUGCUGAGUGGAGUGAGGAGAUACCACACUGUGAAGUGGUCUCAUGCAGUGAGCUGUAUGAACCUGGGAAGGGUUCCAUGGCCUGCUCCCAUCCCCUGGGCUCCUUCAGCUACCUGUCCACCUGUACCUUUACCUGUGAGGAGGGCUAUGAGAGGCUGGCCUCCAGCUCUGCUACCCUGCAGUGUGGUGCCUCGGGACAAUGGAACGACUCACAGUCGCAGUGUAUUGCUGUAAGCUGCCCUACCCUCCAGCAGCCACAGGAUGGCGCUAUCAGCUGUGGGGAAGACUUCACCUAUGGAAGCAGCUGUAACUUUAGCUGCUCUGAGGGUUAUCUCCUCAAGGGGGCGAUCACGCUGACCUGCACAUCAGCUGCUGAGUGGAGUGAGGAGAUACCACACUGUGAAGUGGUCUCAUGCAGUGAGCUGUAUGAACCUGGGAAGGGUUCCAUGGCCUGCUCCCAUCCCCUGGGCUCCUUCAGCUACCUGUCCACCUGUACCUUUACCUGUGAGGAGGGCUAUGAGAGGCUGGCCUCCAGCUCUGAUACCCUGCAGUGUGGUGCCUCAGGACAAUGGAACGACUCACAGCCGCAGUGUAUUGCUGUAAGCUGCCCUACCCUCCAGCAGCCACAGGAUGGCGCUAUCAGCUGUGGGGAAGACUUCACCUAUGGAAGCAGCUGUAACUUUAGCUGCUCUGAGGGUUAUCUCCUCAAGGGGGCGAUCACGCUGACCUGCACAUCAGCUGCUGAGUGGAGUGAGGAGAUACCACACUGUGAAGCUGUCCAGUGCCCCUCUCCUGUGGUUCCUCUGGGGGGUCAGGUCAGCUGUGAGGCCCCCUCACAUCCCUGGGGCUCUGUCUGCAACUUCAGCUGUGAUGAGGGUUACGAUCACCAGGGGGCCCCAAACAUGCAGUGUUCACGGUCAGGGGAGUGGAGCGCUGAAACACCUACCUGCACAGCCACACCUGAGCCUCCAUUGAACCCCACUAUCCUAGGCCUGGCAGCAGGGGGCGCUGUGUCAUUAUCUGGCCUGUCUCUGGCUGCAUGGCUCCUCAAACGAAUCAGACAGAAAGCUAACAAGUUUGAUCUGAACAGCACCUCAGACAUUGAGGAACCUUUACAGACCUACAGGAACAGCAUCGACAGCCUGAUAUAGAGACCAACAACAAUAACAGCAGGAACAACAGCAGGAACAACAGCAGGAACAACAGCAGGAACAACAGCAGGAACAACAACAGGAACAACAGCAGGAACAGCAGCAGGAACAACAGCAGGAACAACAACAGGAACAACAUCAGGAACAACAGCAGGAAUAACAGCAGGAACAUCAGCAGGAACAACAGCAGGAACAACAGCAGGAACAACAGCAGGAAUAACAGCAGGAACAGCAGCAGGAACAACAACAGGAACAACAUCAGGAACAACAGCAGGAACAACAGCAGGAACAACAGUCGGAACAGGCUGGCUCUGUUUUCAAAGAAGAUCUGCUGGUCACACCUGGAUCCCAGUUCCUCAGUAUUGUAAUGUAGUAGGUUAGAUAGCCUUGAAUGGUCUGACUGGGAGAGAGGUGCUACGUUGAGUAUACAGAAUCAUCUGUUCUCAUGAUGGUCCUACAGAAAAGGUAUUUUUUCUCCCUAAGGGAGUUUUGUAUUGAACAAAUUGUUCACCACUGGCUGGUAUAUGACCACAAGUCGACACAUUUCUUAUGAAACUGAUUUUGACAGCUAUUUUAUACAAACUACAGAAAGUUGUAUAUUGUAUUCCCCUGUAUAAUUAUUUGUAUUAUCAUAAAUAUAAUUUUAUGAUUUUACAGAACUGUGAAAUCAAUGCCUUUCAGUAUUUAAGUUAUAUUUAUUUUGAAACCACAGUCUGUGUGUUACAGAAUUACAUUUGAUGUUGAAAAUGUGUCUUUUUAAAUAUAAUAAACAUUUCAAACAU